GCAAAGCACAUGAACACUCGCGGUGGGAAAACAACGUAAUCACAGGGGAGGUCCCUGAUAUUCGCAGGUGGCCUGAACGCACCAUUAACCCCAACCCCUACUGGCUGAGCUGAGAGAUGACUAUGUGAAGGCGGAACACUACCCAAGUGUAAGAUUUAAGCCCUGGCGGGAAUCCGAAAAGUCACAGGCUGUUUUUUUCCACCAGCUUGAGCUUUAAUUUGCGAUUUCGUUAGAGCAGAUCCCUGCAUAAACCCGAAUAUGGUUCGUACAAAGGCUGAUGGUGUACCUGGGACGUACAGAAAGGCUGUGGCUGCAUCCGCACCAAGAAAGUCGCUUGGAUCCUCCAGCUCUGCAAAUGCAUCCUGUAAUUCUCAAGCAAGUGCUUCUGCCAAAAGUAAGUAUGCUGGCGGUAAUCCUGUGUGCCCGAGGCCGACUCCUGCGUGGCAGAAGGGCAUUGGGGAUUUUUUUGGCGGACCUAGCCGAAAACCAGAGAAGGAGAACGAGCUGCCAUUAUCGGAGGAAGAAGCUGGUAGCAGCAGUGCAUCCAAGGCUCCUAGGAGAGCCAGACCACUGUCAGAUGAUGAAGAGGAUGAAUGAAGUGUGUACGCCUGUUUAUUUUAAGCAAUUUUAAAUGAUUUGGGUCGUAAUGUGUUUUUUUUUUUUUUUUUUUUUUUUUUUUUUUGUAUAUUUUUGUACAUAGCUUCUUUAUCGAUGAAGAGAUCAAUAAAUGACACUUCUCUCUUUCAUCUUUGUGUGAAUGUACUGGUGCCUCUUUUGAUACUGUAUGAAUAAAAGUUAACAUUUCCA